CGAAGCCCCUGAGGAGGGGGCUGCCAGCACGGGUGUGGCUGGGCUGGGCACCCAGCGCCUGCCCACCAGGGCAAUGGAGAGCUCCUCACUGCCUGGCUGAAGCUGCAUCGCCCCAAGGACUUUGCGUGCCACCAUGCCAGCCCAGCAGAAGAAAGUCGUCUUUUGCCUAGCUGGGGUGUUCAGCUUCGCUUGUGCCCUGGGGACCGCAGCAGCCAUCGGCACUCAACUGUGGAUUAGAGGAACGAUCCUCUGCCAGACCGGAGCCCUGCUCGUCAACGCCACCGGGCAGGAGCUGGAGAAGUUUAUCGGGGAAAUCCAGUACGGGCUUUUCUAUGGCGAGCGAGUGAGACAGUGCGGGCUCGGGGGGAGACCUUUUCAGUUUUCAUUUUUUCCAGAUCUGCUCAGAAUUAUCCCUGCAAGUAUCCAUGUGAGUGUCAUUCUCUUCUGCAUGGUGCUGAUCGUCUUUGCCCUGGUGGGAACAGGCUUCUUCAUGUACAAUGCUUUCGGCAGCCCCUACGAAACCCUGCAUGGCCCUGUAGGGUUGUACCUCUGGACCUUCAUUGCAUGUUCCUGCAGUUGUCUCAUCCUGAUUCUCUUCUCCUCAGAGGUGAAGAUCCACCACCUUUCAGAAAAAAUUGCUAAUUUUAAAGAGGGAAGUUUUACAUUUAAGACUCACAGCGAACAGUUUGCAGAUUCCUUCUGGAUCAUCCUAGGCUGCUCCUUGGUGCACUUCAUGAACGCCCUCUUGAUCCGCUUUGCUGGAUUUGAAUUUCCUUUUUCAAAAUCAAAGGAUUCAGGGACAACCACUGGAGCAGUCGACCUGAUGUAUUAGAUUUACAUAGUUUAUGAACAUUUAAAGCAAAGAGGUUUAUCACUGCUAUCUUCAACAACCACCAAGCAUACUAACUUUUAAAUGAUUAGCUAGGCAGGUCAAAAGAGCUUCACCUCAGCAAACACCACCUCCAUGGGGAUGAGGCUCCCCUUGCAUGGCACAGAACUGCUCUUCCAAGCUAACAGCAGAGAAGGUGCCCUAGGGGAGCAGAGGCUGCACCAGCUGCCCAUUUAUCUGCGGAAGUUGCUGCCCCCUUCGGGUGCAGCUGCAAGCAAUGAGCAAUCCCACUCAUCACCCCUGGAGUCACCUUGCAUCUC